CCUAACGUCAGUGUUUGGGGGUUUACAUCUGCCUCCUGGAUCGGUAGCUGCAAAGCUCGUUGAAGUUUUAGAGAGACUCGGUACUUCUCCGACAUGAAAAAUUUGAAGCUUUUCUCGGAGGUUUCUCAGAACAUCCAAUUACAUUCGACUGAAGACGAAGUUGUACAGUUCGCAGCUUAUGACAUCGACCAGAGUCGCUUCUUCUUCGCAUCUUCUACUAACUUCGUUUACUCCCUUCAUCUCUCUUCCUUUCAAAAUGGGAGAGAUUGUGCGAAGGCGUGUUUACCUGUGGAGGUAUGCAGUAUUGAUUUGGAGGCAGGGGAUUUCAUCACUGCCUUUGAUUAUCUCGCGGAGAAGGAGUCUCUGUUAAUUGGGACUUCUCGUGGGCUUCUGCUUGUGCAUGAAGUUGAGAGCAAUGUGACUGAGCUAGUUGGGAAUAUAGAAGGAGGUGUCAAGUGUCUCUCGCCUAGUCCUACUGGAGAUCUACUUGGAUUGAUUACUGGUUUUGGUCAGUUGCUUGUCAUGACUUAUGAUUGGGUUUUGAUGUAUGAGAGGGCGCUUUCUGAGGUUCCUGAAGGUGAAGCAGAUGAUGUGUCUGUAAACUGUGAGGGAACUUCCAUUUCUUGGAGAGGUGAUGGGAAGUAUUUUGCCACUAUGGGUGAGGUUUUUGAAUCCGGUUCUAUGUUUAAGAAGAUUAAGAUAUGGGAGAGUGAUUCUGGCGCUCUGCAGUCUUCUUCAGAAACAACAGAUUUCAUGAAAGGGAUUCUUGAAUGGAUGCCUAGUGGGGCGAAAAUCGCAGCUGUUUAUAAAAAAAAGUCAGAUGAUGUGUGUCCGUCAAUUGCUUUCUUCGAGAGGAAUGGACUUGAGAGGAGCUCAUUUAACAUUGGAGAUUCUGGAGAUGCUAACGUCGCAUUUGAAACUCUGAAGUGGAAUUCUGCAUCAGAUCUUCUUGCAGGGGUUGUUAGUUGCAAAACACAUGAUGCUGUUAGGGUGUGGUUCUUUAGCAACAACCACUGGUACCUGAAACACGAGAUUAGGUAUCCAAAGGAAGCUGGAGUAAUGGUCAUGUGGGAUCCAACAAAGCCAACGCAGUUAAUUCGUUGGACUUUGGCAGGGCAAGUCACUGUCUGUAAUUUUAUGUGGGUAACGGCAGUCAUGGAGGACUCAACAGCCUUUGUCGUAGAUAACUCCAAGAUUCUCGUGACACCACUGUCUUUGUCCUUGAUGCCACCUCCUAUGUAUUUGUUCAGCCUUAGUUUUCCUUCCGCUGUCAGAGAUAUAGCAUAUUACUCAAGGAACUCUAGAAGUUUUCUGGCUGUGUUCUUGUGUGAUGGAAACCUGUCUUUUGUUGAGUUUCCUGAACGUAAUACUUGGGAAGAUCUUGAAGGUAGGAACUUCAAUGUGGAAGUUUCAGAGUGUAAAACAGCACUGGGCUCUGUUAUACAUCUUUUAUGGCUCGAUGUUCAUUCACUUCUGUGCGUCUCUGCUUAUGGUUCUAGUCAGAACAAAUGUCUCUCUUCUGGUUCGUCUGAGACAGAGCUUCAUGGUUCUUAUUUACAGGAAGUUGAAGUUGUCUGUCACGAGGACCAUGUUCCUGAUCAAGUAACAUGCUCUGGCUUUGGUGCUAGCGUUACUUGCCAGACACCUCUCGAGUCACCUGUCAUGGCUCUUGCCUGGAAUCCUAGUAAGCGUGAUUCAGCCUUUGUAGAGUUUGAGGGUGGGAAAGUGCUUAGCUACGCAUCAAGAUCAGGCUUUAUGGAAACUCGUAUCGGUAAUGAUAGUGUAUCUUUCCCAUCUACUUGUCCUUGGGUGAAGGUAGCGCAGGUUGAUGAUGGUGGCGUGCAGAAACCAUUGAUAUGUGGGCUAGAUGAUAUGGGUAGACUAUACAUCAACGGGAAGAACCUAUGUAAUAACUGCAGCAGUUUCUCAUUUUAUUCAGAGCUGGACAAUGAAGUGGUUACCCAUCUGAUUAUUUUGACCAAACAAGAUUUUCUCUUUAUUGUCGAUACUGAGGAUGUACUACAGGGAGAAGUAGCACUUGGAAGUGUGUAUUUUGUUAUUGAUGGUAGAAAGCGAGACGAGGAAGUUAUGAGCUACGUAAAUGUUUGGGAGAAAGGCGCCAAAGUUAUAGGAGUCCUCAAUGGAGAUGAAGCUACUGUAAUAUUACAAACUAUUCGGGGGAAUCUCGAAUGCGUUUAUCCUAGAAAGCUGGUCCUGUCUUCAAUUACGAAUGCGUUAGCUCAGCAACGGUUCAAAGAUGCAUUAAACUUGGUAAGGCGACACAGAAUCGACUUUAACGUUAUCGUGGAUCUAUAUGGAUGGCAGGCGUUUCUACAAUCAGCUGUAGAGUUUGUUGAACAAGUAAACAAUUUGAACCACGUUACAGAGUUUGUUUGUGCCAUGAAGAAUGAAGAUGUUACAGAAACACUUUACAAGAUGUUUUCCUUCUCCAAAAAGAGAGACAAGGUUUUACAAGGGAAGGAUCCAUCCGGUAACAAAGUAUCAUCAGUUCUACAGGCAAUUAGGAAAGCCCUUGAAGAACAUAUACCAGAGAGUCCGUCAAGGGAGCUUUGUAUUUUGACCACUCUUGCUCGUAGUGAUCCACCAGCGAUUGAGGAAUCUUUCAUGAGGAUAAAAUCUGUUCGUGAAAUGGAGUUGCUAAACUCUUCGGAUGAUUCAAGGAAAAAGUCUCGUCCAUCUGCAGAAGAAGCCUUGAAACACCUUCUGUGGUUACUGGAUUCAGACGCUGUCUUUGAAGCUGCUUUAGGUCUUUAUGAUCUGAAUCUUGCAGCUAUUGUGGCGCUCAAUUCUCAACGUGAUCCGAAAGAGUUUCUACCUUAUCUCCAGGAGCUGGAGAGUAUGUCCGAACCCCUGAUGCAUUUCAACAUUGACCUUAAAUUGCAACGUUUUGAUAGUGCUCUCAAGAACAUUGUAUCAGCAGGGGAUGAGUACUUUCCUGAUUGCAUGAACUUGAUGAAGAAAAAUCCUCAACUUUUCCCGCUUGGCCUUCAGCUAAUUACCGAACCUGAAAAGAAACAAGUAGUUCUAGAGGCUUGGGCAGAUCAUCUCACUGAUGAGAAACGUUUUGAGGAUGCUGCUACUACGUACCUAUGUUGCUUUAACCUGGAGAAAGCUUCAAAGGCGUAUCGUGAAUGUGGUGAUUGGAGUGGGGUACUCAGAGUAGGGGCACUAAUGAAGUUAGGUAAAGAUGAGAUCUUGAAACUGGCAUACGAGCUCUGUGAGGAGGUUAAUGCUCUUGGGAAGCCUGGGGAAGCAGCGAAGAUAGCUUUAGAGUAUUGCAGAGAUAUAAGCGGUGGAGUUAACUUGCUUAUCAAUGCGAGGGAGUGGGAAGAAGCUUUAAGGGUUGCCUUUCUGCAUACAGAAGAUGGUUUAGUCUCAGUUGUGAAGAGUUCUGCUCUUGAGUGUGCUAAUGGUCUAGUAAGCGAAUUCAAAGAAUCAAUAGAAAAAGUAGGAAAAUAUUUGACUCGGUAUCUAGCUGUUAGGCAGAGGCGAUUGCUGCUUGCAGCAAAGCUCAAGUCUGAGGAACGGUCAGUCAUUGAUCUUGAUGAUGACACAGCUUCAGAAGCAAGUAGUAACCUGAGUGGAAUGAGCGCCUAUACUUUGGGGACAAGGAGAGGUUCUGCUGCUUCAGUCACCUCAAGCACGGCUACUAAGGCAAGAGACUUGAGACGCCAGAGAAAGAGCGGGAAAAUCCGUGCUGGCAGUGCGGGUGAGGAGAUGGCUCUUGUUGAUCAUUUGAAGGGUAUGCGUAUGACAGAAGGAGGAAAGCGAGAGUUGAAGUCUUUAUUGAUAUGUUUGGUAACACUUGGUGAGAAGGAGUCUGCACAGAAGUUGCAACAGACUGCAGAGAAUUUCCAGGUCGCUCAAGUAGCAGCAGUGGAGCUAGCAGACGAUACAGUGGCUAACGAGAGCGUUGAUGAAGAAGUGUAUUCCUUUGAACGUUACGCUCAGAAAACGAGAUCUACUGCAAGAGGCUCUGAUGCCUUUAGCUGGAUGCUUAAGGUCUUCGUUAGCCCAUGAAAAAUCUCUAAAUCUUGUUCUUGACUGAAUAAGCAUGUCAACAAACUUGUGCGUUUUGAACAUCAAACUUUCCAGCUACAUUUUUCUUCUCUUCGUUUUGGAUCUUUCUAGUUAUUGCCGUUUUACACUAG